AGUUCGGCCCAUAAUGGGUAUCCAAUAUUUGUAGGGUGUGUGUCGGGUGUGCGGAGGCAACAGGUUCAACCCUUAGCCAGCGGAGCUUUUCGACCCGAAAGCUGCGAGGAGCUGCGCAGGCGUCGACUGCGGCAGAGACAGCGGCAGCGACAGAGGCGGCGACAGCGGCGGUGGCAGAGGCUGCGGCGGACUUUCCGCCAAGCGGACGGAUUUGGAUUUGGCCAAAAAAGCAAUUCAGUCUCAGUGCGCUGUUGUCGCUGCGGUAGGCGCAUCGCUGGCAUUUCCUUGCCGUUUUUGAACAUUUUCGAACAGAGACACCUCUUGGCAGGCCGUUUGUUUUUUGUAAUUUAAUAAUUUGUGGUGUGAGCGCGUGCGAGUGGUUUUUCCUGUUAUUGGAAAACAUCGAAAAUUCGCCUCCUGCUCCACAUACCACAUACACAUACCACAUAAGACGCCCCCCAGACGCCCGCCCGCCCAUCUCAGCACCACUCAGCAGCAUGGAGCAGCUGUGCUACCUGGCGCUGAGCGUCCUGCUGGCCAUCGUCGUGCUCUACGGACUCCUGGAGCUCCACUACUUCCUGCGCAUGUGCCUCUGUGUCCUGCUCGCGCGCUUCGUCAAGAGGCGCUGCCACAUCCUGGACGUCACCACUGUGAACGGACUGUGCCUCACCAACGAUGUGGACACAUUGCUGUACCACAUGAACAACGCUCGUUAUUUCCGGGAGCUGGACUUCGCCCGCGUGGACUUCUACGAGCGGACCAAUCUGUACCGCACCAUCACGGGAAUGGGCGGUUCCGUUUUCCAGGGGGCGGCCACCAUCCGCUACCGCCGUUUCAUCCGCCCCUUUCACCGGUUCAACAUAGUGUCGCGGAUAAUUUACUGGGACGAGCAGUCGCUGUUCAUGGAGCACCGCUUCGUGCGUCCGUCGGACAAGUUCGUGCACUGCAUCGCGAUUUGCCGCCAGCGGGUGAUCGAUGUGUCCAUGGAGGCGGUGAUGGCGGAACUCCUCACCAGGACCUCCUCGAACGGAUUCCGGGCGACGUCGUCGCCGUCGCUAUCGCCAGCGCUGGCUGCCCCAUCGACGACGCCGGCGUUGGGGGGGAUUAGCAAUCCGGCGAUGGACACUUCGCUGGCGGAGAACGGACAUGGUGCGACCGGAGGGGCGACGGGUGCCACGCCCACAGCCGCAGUGGCGGCGCACUGCCUCAAGUUGAAGCCCUCGUUGCCGCCGGAGUUGUCCAAGUGGAUCGAGUACAAUGAGAUGUCCAGCAAGAAUCUGCGCAGCGGCUGCUGACUGGAAUCGCUGGAAUCGCCGCAAGCGGAAGCGGAAGGGAAAGCGGUUGCGCAACCGGAAACGGAAACUCCCAUUAACCCAUUUUUUUUUGCCUCGCGUGCUUGUGUGUGUAUGUGUGUGUGCUAAUGUUAAAUUCCUAAGUGUGCCCGUGGAAUGUGUAAAUUAUAAGCUAUGUAAGUGUCUGAAAAACAAAAAAAGCCCGCCCUCUUUUGGCCUUAACUAAUGUAUUGUAUAAUUACCCAGAAAUCAGCCACGCCACUUGAACGAAAAAAAAAAAACAAACAAAUACAAAAUCCUUGGUAGUCCACAGUGUGUAAAUUACGAUGUACAUUGAUUGUUUAGUAAAAUGAAGAAAAUAGUGUAAAAAGAUUCAACCGAACGAGAGAUAUUCUUGGGCCUUUGGUUUCAGCGCCUGAAAGCAGGCUACAGAAAAGUUGGUGAGAAAACAAAAGUUUCAUUCUACAGAUAAACUUAAAAACAAUAAAGUUUAGAAAGCUUUUUAAAUGAUAAUCAAAAGUAAAAAUAAUGGACCAAAUGUAAAACUAAGCUGUUCUUUAGGUUUGCUAUUUAAAUUCAGAGUUAUUAGAACCUCUUUUGAUCAAAACCAAAUUGCAUAUUUUUAAUUUAGCAACAGGUCUGCCACUAAUUUCCACAUAUGUAUGAAUGUAAAGCUUAAAGAAAUAUGCAUUGAAUUCAAUUAAAACAUUGGAACUUCGGUUUUAUUAUUUUUGAUUUUUUUAUUUAUUUUUUUCCCUUUCCAUAAGUGAGAAUCGCGAUACAAUUGCACAAUUCCCCUGCUUUGCUUAUUCUUAUGAUUAAGCAGUAACUUAAACCCAUUGGUAAAUAUUUUCUUAAGGUUUUUAAUCAUCGCUGGAGUGAUGGUUAACACCCAUUUUGAACUUUCAGCAGCGGCCCUUUGAGACUUUGGCUAUUCGAAUAAUUUGCCGUUAAAAAACAACCAGGUGAUCGCAGUUCGAUGGCUAGUGUUUACAGCGAUCGUAGUCAACUUUUUGAACAGCUAUAAUUUUACGCGUUUACCUGUGAGUUUGCUAAUUACGACACGGCAGAGAUUCUCAUACAUAAGAAAAUAGCAGUGUGAAUCGGAAUCAAUCGAUUGCUUAGGCAAAGUGGGAUUGUCUUUACAGGUGAGCGAAGAAAUAGAGAAAUACAAAACAAAAGAAAGUGAGAGAGGAAAAUUAAAGGGUUUUUUCCAGUGUUGACCAUAAUUAUUUGCCAAAAGUAGCUAAAUCAACUAUUUAAUAUAGCUACUGCCCUUUUUUUUGCGGUUAACUCUCGAUAACUGUCGAAAAAUUACAUUUACAGAAGUCACAAGAUGAACUGUGAUAUAAUUUUCACUAGUUAAUAACAGUAUUUACUUUAAUACAACCGUUGCUAAUAUAACUGGUUACUUCACUACGUUUUAGUUUUUAACUACAUACAUAUGUAUGUACUUCACUAAUAGAAUGCUUACAUUGCGUAUACGCCUAGUAACCGUUUAAAGUAAUUGGUUGGGUUAAAAAAAACGAGUGGUAAAAUACAGUAAUUAAAAAGAUACUUUACUUUCAGUAAUUUGUAUUAUUUGUCAUUAUAUUGUCGUAUCACUUUUAACUGAUAGUUUUUUUUUACUUUGUAUUAAUAAGG